UCACCAGACAUCCAGGGCGAAUAAUUGACAUGCUCUAGACAAUAACACAGCAAUACACACUAUAGAUAACAUGCCUACCACCAUCAAGAAUUCAAUCACAGUCUUUCUCAGGAGACUACCGCAGUGCUUCCACUUGCCUUCAUGCAAUCCCCAAGAACAACACGAAUUCUGCGAAAUAGCACCUUUCCUUUGGCCUUGUAAGACGAGCACCAGGGCGAGAUCACGAUAACCAGUCACUUGUCUACUAGACUCAGGACUAAUCUGCGGGAAAACAGAACUACGUAUCAAGUCAACGAGUGCAAAUGGACGUAAAUUCAUGCCUUUGGACAUGUACUGCGCAUAUAAGCGACGAAUUCACUGAUGUAUCGAGCAUGGCAAGACAGAUGGCAAAGAGCCUCGCG